CGCCCCUGGAUAUAAACUCCCUAAACCCCUCUAAACUAAAUAACAACCACAACAUGGUGGAGACAACCUCACCUCCCAGUGGAUUAACCAUAAAACGUUGUCCCUCCAGUCCCCUAAGUGAUCAUCAUCUCAGCCAGCAUCAUAAUCUGCAUCAGCAACAACAACAGCAUCAGCAGCAACAACAACAAUUGCAACAGUUACAUCAGCAGCAUUUACAAAAUAAUAUCAACCAACAAAACAAUCCUACACCCCGUCAUAGUCCCCGCAGUCCAGCCACACCGAAUGCCGCUUAUCUAACCACCGCCAUGCUUUUAAAUUCCCAACAAUGCGGCUAUUUGGGCCAACGUUUGCAAUCGGUAUUCCAACAACAACAACAGCAGCAACAUCAACACACCCAAUCACAAACCCCCUCCUCCGAUGAUGGCUCUCAGUCAGGCGCCACCAUUAUCGAUGAUGAUCGUAUUACUUUAAGAGACACUGCCGUCGGUUCGGCCACUGCCACUGCUGCGGCGGCUGCCUCUAUAUUUAGCAUUGAUAGUAUUUUGGGUUCCCGUUCUGUAAAUCAUAAUAACAAUAAUAACCACAACAAUAACAACAUUAUCAUCAAUUCAAAACGAUCCGAAUCCCCCACAUCACCCAGUUCAAACUCCAGCUCGGCUGCCUCAAGUCCCUUAAGGCCGCAACGUGUACCAGCCAUGCUGCAACAUCCUGGUUUACAUUUGGGUCAUUUGGCUGCUGCAGCAGCUUCGGGAUUUGCUGCCUCACCUUCAGAUUUUUUAGUUGCGUAUCCCAAUUUUUAUCCCAACUAUAUGCAUGCGGCUGCGGUAGCUCAUGUAGCAGCCGCACAAAUGCAGGCUCAUGUGAGUGGUCAUAGUUCUAGCAUAAAUCACAAUCAUGGUCAUGCCCACCACAUGCACCAUGGCCAUCAUGGUCAUCAUAUGGCGGGGCAUUUGGGUCAUGGACCGCCACCCAAAAGAAAGCGUCGUCAUCGUACAAUUUUCACCGAAGAACAAUUGGAACAAUUGGAGGCGACUUUCGAUAAGACCCACUAUCCCGAUGUGGUGCUGCGAGAGCAAUUGGCUUUAAAAGUGGAUUUAAAAGAAGAAAGAGUAGAGGUUUGGUUUAAAAAUCGUCGUGCAAAAUGGCGCAAACAAAAACGUGAGGAACAAGAACGUUUGCGUAAACUGCAAGAGGAACAAUGUAGUGGCAGCUCAAAUCCCAACAAUAAUGUAACAAAUAACACGGGCAUAGUCAAUCUCAAAUGUACGCCAGAGGAUUUUGUCACACAAUUGCAAAUAAAAUCCGAUCCCAAUUACAGUGAUGGUGAUGAAUCAGAUUUAGAAGUAGCAUAA